UCUUUUCGUGACUCUCUUGUUCCCUACGGACGGACCUCUACUGCUUCAGACUUCAAAGUACGACCUAUUUCCGCUACAGUUGCGGUCUGCCUGCCGCCCAUCAUGGUGCACCUCAGCGGCCACAGGCGGCAUUCAGUCACCAGUGAGUCUCGCGUCGAUCUUAAGAUGAGAACCUUCAACUAUAGAUCUACUGACAGCUUUCCAUCCGGUAGGCAAUAGAUCAUCUACAGACUCGACACGAGGCGAAACAACCACUACACCAGACGAUGAGACUAUCGUGGACUCCGAGCAAAGUAGUAUGCUCAUGCAUAUUAUCUCUCAACUACGACCUGGCGCCGAUCUCAGUCGCAUCACACUGCCUACUUUCAUUCUCGAGCCGCGAUCAAUGCUGGAGAGGAUUACGAAUUUCAUGGCACACCCCGAAACUCUCUUACCCAUGACCGACAUCGAUGACCCUGUCCUACGGUUUGUCUCCGUGGUCAAAUUCUACUUGAGUGGGUGGCACAUCAAGCCUCCUGGCGUGAAAAAGCCCCUGAAUCCCAUACUUGGCGAGACGUUCACUGGUUACUGGGACUAUCCAGACAGCACACGAGGAUACUACAUUUCGGAGCAAACAUCCCACCAUCCGCCCAAGUCUAGCUACUUCUUCAUGGCCCCAGAGCAUCACAUUCGGAUCGACGGAUGCCUCAAGCCCCGGAGCAAAUUUCUCGGCAAUUCUGCAGCCAGCAUGAUGGAGGGCAUAGCGGUUAUGAGGUUCCUCAAGACAAAGGAGCGAUUCUUUGUAACCCAACCGAACAUGUACGCACGCGGCAUUCUUUUCGGGAAGAUGAAGUAUGAGCUUGGAGAUCAUAGCUAUGUCAGGUGUCCCGAAUCUGGCCUGGAAGCAGAUAUAGAGUUCAAAGUCAAGGGCUGGGUAGGUGGUGGCUAUAAUGCUAUUGGUGGUUAUAUCAAAGAUACGAAGAGUGGGCACAACCUUUAUGAGCUGUCAGGGAUGUGGACGGGGGAGAUGUUCAUAAAAGACCUCGCUACCGGAAAGAAGGAGCCCUUGUUCGAUGCGACUCAUGCAAAAGAAACACCGCCGCUCGUUCGCCCCAUCGAUGAGCAAGGAGAUCGUGAGUCCCAGAAGUUAUGGGCUAAGGUUACGAAGGCCAUAAAAGAGAAAGACCAGGACAUUGCGACAGACGAGAAAAGCAGAAUCGAGGACAUGCAAAGGAAAGAGGCUGCCGAGCGAAACUCCAAGGGUGUUGACUGGAAACCAUCCCUGUUUUGUGACAUUGAGAAGAGCCCCGAAGGCUACAACCCGGAUGAGAAGGACCUUGACUGGAUAAUAAAUGCUAAGAUCGACGGUAAAACGCCAGAAGAACAAACAAAACAAAUUCUCCAGAUUGCCGCCAUUAUUCCAGGCCAGUCACCUGAUCGCAAGUUCUCGAUACCGCUCCACAAGGCUAGUAUAUCCGACCAGCCUACGACGAAUAAGUCUGAAGUGGCCUCGGACGACUUAAUAGAUUUCGGUCAGAGUGAACCUUCAGCGACACAACCAGCAACACGUGGCAUACAUCCUAAAGGGCAUGCUCCUACUUCAAGUAAUGUUGACUUGUUACAGGAGCCCCUACAGCCCACAACAAACCGCCUGAGAAAUCCUGGAAGCCCCACGUCGACUGCAAGCAAAGACUCGCUCAAACGUAGAGAUUCUGAAACGGACGACCUCGAUGAAUUUGUAGACGCGGAGUCGUGAACGUGAUCCAUCCGCCAAGGAAGUCACUUCCCAGGUUGCGCCCGGCACGCCGCAUUCCUGCAUUGAAAGGCGUUUGAGGCCGCAGUAUGUGCGAUUGUUAAAGGGGAAUAAAUACACCAAAACCUGGCGGUAGAUGUGCAUUGGAUCGAAUAGAAAAUACCCUUUGUCUCAAACCCGUCUGUUAUGGUGGGGUGGGGUCGUGGCCAUAUCACGAUUCUGACUGCCACUUUAAAUAUAGUUGCUCCAUCAUGUUCGAACUGAAGCGGGUUGUAACGACCAAACGACGAACCCAGCCAGUGGUCACAAAACACAUGCGCGUAUCCUGCUACGCGCCGCGUGUCGUAGGAACUACUUAAAGAGGUCCUGUCUCCAUAAAAUGACGUCGUAUUAAGUAAGCUAGUUUUAAGAGAACCGUUAGAGCUGCAGCCACGCGAGGC